CAGUGAGAGAAUCCGCUUCAUCGCACGCGCGGCCCAAUUUGCGCAUGCGCAUACUCUUGCAGCAGCAAAGUGCGGGUAUUCCAAAUAGUGCUACCUCGUUUCUAUGGCAAAAUAACAAAAUCACCUGGGGGGCCGGCUCGAGACUUUCCGCCGGCGCCUUGCAGAGGACACAGCAUGGCGCACCUGAGAAUACAAGAGGGGCAGUACACACAGAGGAUCUACGGACUGAUCAAAGAGCAGAACUACGGAGAGGUGGUGCAGAUUCUAAACUACGAGCUGCAGAGCCACCCAAAGUCAAGAGCGGCACUUUCUCUCCUGGGAUUUUGCUACUACCGUCUCCAGGACUUUCAGGCUGCAGCUGAUUGCUAUGAGCAGCUGGUGCAGCUACAUCCAGACGUCCACGACUACCAGUUCUACUAUUCCCAGUGUCUCUACAAGGCCUGUAUGUUCCCCGAGGCCACCAAGGCUUCCUGUCAGCUGGAGCACGAGGAAUACCAGACCAAGGUGCUCAAAUUGCAGGCUGCUAUAAAGUAUGCAGAGGACGACUUACCAAAUGCCAAGACUCUAGUGGAGCAGUGUCCAUCAGAUGAUCCAGACACUGAGUUCAACAUGGCCUGCAUCCUCUUCAAGGAGAAGAGAUUCACCGAAGCAGUGGCGAAAUUCAAUACCGUCCUGCAAGUCAUGGGCUACAGAGCAGACACUUGCUACUGUCUGGCCCUCUGCCACUACCAGCUGAAGCAGUACGCGGCCUCCCUGAAGUAUAUAUCAGAGGUGAUAGAGAGAGGCAUACGAGACCAUCCUGAGCUCAGCGUGGGCAUGCAGACUGAGGGGGUCGAUAUUCGCAGUGUUGGCAACUCUUCAGUGUUGCAUGGGACUCAACUUGUUGAGACGUUCAAUCUUCGGGCAGCUAUUGAGUAUCAGCUAAAGAACUUCGAUGCUGCACAAGAUGCACUGACGGACAUGCCCCCUCGAGCGGAAGAGGAGCUGGACCCAGUUACUCUACACAACAUAGCUCUGAUGAACAUGGACCAAAACCCCACCAAUGGAUUUGAGAAACUGCAGUUUCUACUGCAACAGGUCCCCUGUCCACCUGAGACGUUUGCCAAUCUUCUCCUGCUGUACAUCAAACACGACUACUAUGACCUGGCAGCAGACGUACUGGCCGAGAACUCUCAUCUCACCUUCAAAUGCCUCUCCACCUACCUGUACGACUUCAUCGACACCAAAAUUACUCAACAGACUUCACCGGAUGAGGCGUUCCAGAAGCUGGACGUCCUCGCCACCCACCUCACUGAGAGACUGCGCAAGCUGACCAAACAUGUGCAGGAGCACCGCAAGAACCACGACGAGGAGGCCGUCAAGAGAUGUGUGGAGGAGUACGACGAGGCCCUGGAAAACUAUGUGCCGGUCCUGAUGGCCCAGGCACGGAUCUACUGGGACAGAGAAGACUACUCUCAGGUGGAGAAGAUCUUCAGGAAGAGCGUCGAGUUCUGCAAUGAACACGACGUGUGGAAACUCAAUGUUGCACACGUCCUCUUCAUGCAAGAGGUGAAGUUCAAGGAGGCAAUAGGUUUCUACGAGGCCAUUGUCAAAAAGAACCACACGAAUUUGCUGAGCAUCAGUGCGGUAAUACUGGCCAACCUCUGUGUCUCCUACAUCAUGACCAGCCAGACCGAGGAGGCUGAGCAAAUCAUGAAGAAGAUUGAAAAAGAAGAGGAGGACCUGUCGUAUGAUGAUCCAGACCGCAAGAUGUACCACCUGUGUAUAGUCAAUCUGGUCAUAGGGUAUGUAUUGAGUUCUCCUGUGACAUGUGUGUGUGUUUUCUGAGCUCAAGGGUCUCUUACUACAUAUAGCUACUAUUGCACCUAUGUUGUGUGCAGGACUCUCUAUUGUGCUAAAGGGAACUAUGAGUUUGGCGCGAGUCGAGUCAUGAAGAGUCUGGAACCAUACAACAAGAAGUUGGGGACUGACACUUGGUUCUAUGCUAAGAGAUGCCUCUGCUCUCUCAUUGAGAACAUGGCCAAACAUAUGAUCCUACUCAAGGACGCAACAAUUCAUGACAUCAUCCGGUUUCUCGAGCAGUGCGAAGCCCAUGGUCGGAGCAUAGCGUGUCGAGUGGAGCAACCUCUCGGUGAACACACUCUUGAGGCUGGGAAGAACACUGUCACCUUUGAGGCCAGACUCCUGAAAUCCCUCUUCCUGAGACUAACUUGACCCCGCCCCCCUCACACACACACACACACACACACACACACAUGCGCACUAACACACCCCUCUCUCCCUCCCUCUCUCUCACACAUUCUGACACUCUAAGCUAUUGUACACCUCUUCAACAUUAACGGGGUUCUAUUUUUUAACUUUAUCAAUCCACUUGUUAUAAAAAUACACUGUGGAGGCACUAGACAUUGCUUCAAGUAUAUAAAUGUUAAAGUACGCAGAUAUUUUUUCAAUUCUCUAUUGCUUGACGUUUUAACAUUGCGUAAUAGAAUCAAUUGAUAAGGUUACAAACACUCAAUUCAAGAGGAGGUAGUAGCAUCAGUGAAGCUUUGAAAGAGAAGAGUAAGAAAAUGGAAUUCAUGGUAGUGCUGUUCACAAACGUUACAAUUGGGGG